AUGUUGGGGGGGAUUGGAUUCCCAACAACCCCUCAAACCCAUGCAAUUCGGCAUGCCAAGCAAACUCGUCUUCCAUUGGCUAUCCAAUUUGAAAACCUUCAACUAUGCCGGUGCUUUCCUUGCAAUGCACUUAUUCCAGUUGAAAAAUUGGAGGAAAGUGGUGAACAAAAAGAUUCGCUAUCAGAUAUUGUGAAACUGAUAAAGGAGCAAUCAUUUCAAGGGGCCUCAAUGGAUGUUGAGGAUAAUCUCUUAGUAAUGGAGAGAUUACAGAAUCACUUCUUGGAAUUGGAUGAGUCUGUAGGUCCUCUUACCAUUUGUUUAAAGAAGCUCUUUAUUGAAACUAGUCGAGAGGCUGGCUUGAGAAAUGUGAUAAAUCCAACAUCCUUUUUUGGGUGUGUUUGUGCCAAGGCUUCCCAAUUUAGGGGGUAUCAACAGCAUGACAGUCAUGAGCUGCUUCGUUGUUUACUCGAUGGGUUGUGUACUGAAGAGUUGAGUGCAAGAAAACAGACUAUUUCUCUGGAAAAUGGGAUUCCCUCAAAUCUGGGUCCUACUUUUAUUGAUGGCAUCUUUGGGGGCCAACUAUCCAGUAUUGUUUCUUGUUUGGAAUGCGGGCACUCUUUAACAGUGUUUGGGCCAUGUCUAGAUCUCUCACUUCCAGUUCCAACUAAGAAACCACCAUCUAAAAGGGCCCAACCUAUUUCUCGAGCCAAGAAACCAAAGCUGCCUCCAAAACGACGUGGAAGGAUUCGUCCAAAGCUUAAAAGGGAUGAAGAUUCUGCAGCAUCUGAAAGUGUUUCAGUUUCGUCAGCUGGUGGUUCAUCUUCUUGCCAAGUAGAAUCUGCUGUGCCUGUCGAAGAAAAAGUAGGAGAUGCUUUGGUCGAUUCUACACUGUUUGAAUCCGUUGGCCCUGGUACAGUGGUAGAUAAAAAGAGUUCAGUUUCAUCAAAUCUCUUGACUGCUGAAGAGUUUGAAAAGAAUACAUUCCUCAAGAAUGUCAUGGAUAAAAUAGAGGCAUCAGUUGACAAUUUAGCGAAGGAUGAAAUCAAGGAAAAGCUGUAG